AUGGGUCUCGCAGGUCCCAAAAGACGCAGCAAGAUCGGAACCGACCCGAACAACAACAACUGGGCCAAAGCGACAGAUUCCUUCGGUCACAAGAUCCUUGCCUCGCAGGGCUGGAAACCUGGCGACACGCUCGGCGCCAGAGACGCAAACCAUGCCUCACAUUACACUGUCGGCAGUAACUCGCAUAUCCGCGUUCUGCUGAAAGACGACAACUUGGGUCUCGGAGCAGCCCGAGUUGCAAGCAACGCAGAAACUUUCGGUCUGAGUCUGUACUCGGGUCUUCUGGGCAGACUGAACGGCAAAUCAGAGGCAGAGGUUGAGAAGCAGCAGACGGCGCAAAGAGACGUGGAACUGGCACUAUACCAAGGCAGAAAAUAUGGCAACAUCAACUUCAUCAGCGCAGGCUUCUUGGUCGGUGACAAGAUGGACCUCAAAUCCACUGUCAUGCCAAACUCGAAACCCGCAUCCGAAAAGACUGCGCCGGACGCAGCAAACAAGAAGCGCAAGAGAUCAGAGCCCGAACAAUCUGCAAACGAUGCAUCAUCCGAGUCCGAAUCUUCAGACUCCUCCGACGACGAAGAAGUUGCUGAGGCGCCCAAGUCAAAGAAGGCCAAGAAGGAUAAGAAAUCGAAGAAGUCUUCCGCCAAGGACUCGAGCACCGAGAGCAUAGAGGAGGUCAAAUCCAAAGACAAACGUAAGAAAGAGAAGAAAGACAAGAAGCGAAAGGCUGCCGAUGCAUCAAGCUCGGAAGACGAGACGCGAGCAGAGAAGAAGGCGCGCAAGGUAGAAAGGCGGGCAAAGAAGGAGGCCAAGAAGGAGGAGAAGAGGAAGAGAAAGGAAGAGAAGAAGGCUGCCAAAUCUGGCACUGCCACUCCCUCAACGGCACCUGGAACUCCUGCAGAGCCUGCACCAGUCGCUGCUCUGUACGGUAGACAAAACGUACGCCAGCGUUACAUUGCACAAAAGCGCCUGGCAUUCAUGGACCCGCAAGCCAUGAAAGAGAUCUUCAUGGUAAAAGCAUAG